CAGAAUCACAGUCUCGGCCAUCAUCGCAUUCACAGUUGCGGGAGUUGAAGAGCUGCGGCGAGCUGCGGUUUCCAAAUUCUUAAAAUAUCCACGAUACUCUAUUUACAUGUAGUUUCAUCACAUUUGGGAUUUUCACUCCUUAUUUCAAGUUGAAGAGCGCACCCUUUUCUUAAAACUCCUUCAACUAAGAUGUUUGUCGACCAUGCAUUAUUGCAAAUCUCAUCUCACUUUCAUGUCUUCAUCCUCUGGCUGUCCAUGACAUCCCCACUCUUUCUGAACUGUGUACGUUCAGAUUCAGUCUUCAUUUCCAGUAGUGACUAUACUGCUGGAGCGUAUGGCGCCGGACCAUAUCAGACCUUCUUCACAUCCAAUGCUACACCAGUCGCAUUCAACUUCGUACAAGCUUUGAAUAAGUCCACAAAUUCCCUCAGCUCUGGCUACUUAUUCACUUCCCCUCGUGGAACUAGCACGGUGCAACCCAGUGCAUCUAUAUUCGAUAAUAACGGCCAUCUCAUUUGGGAUGGAUCUGCAUGGGGAGAGACACUAGUAUUUCAGGUUGAAACCUACCUCGGAGAGCCUCACAUCCUAGUUUGGUUGGGUGAUAUCCUUGGUACUGGAAUCGGAAGUGGGUACUUGAAUUUGCUGAACAGCAAAUAUGAACGUGUUGCCAGAUACACGACAAACCUUACAGGAAUCACAGGUUCUACGUAUGCAGAUUUUCAUGAGGCUAGAAUCACAACUAAUAAUACUGGACUUAUGACCGCAUACUAUACGCGCGAAUAUGACCUAUCGCCUUACGGGGGUCCUUCAUCUGGGUAUCUUUUUGAUAGUGUUUUCCAAGAGCUUAACAUUACCAGCGGAGAGACCUUAUUUACUUGGUAUGCUAGUGACCACGUCGAUCCUAGCGAAUGCUAUAAUGCUAUAGGGACAGGAGGUGGAUCUACUGACGAAGCAUGGGAUUACUUUCAUAUCAAUGCCAUUGAAAAGACAGACGACGGAGACUACCUCAUCUCAUCUCGACAUUGCUUCACCAUCUACUAUCUCAAUGGGAGCAAUGGCGAAAUCAUAUGGAAGAUGGGCAGCGCGAACAGUAGCUUUGCGAUGGGGGAUGGUGCUAAUUACAGCUGGCAGCAUCACGCUCGAUGGGUUAACAAGAACGAUACUUAUGCGACUAUGACAAUCUUCGACAACGGAGGAGAAUAUGGGGAGUAUGACGAAUCAUCUUCGCGGGGACUAUAUCUUGCGCUCAACUUCACAAGCAUGACUGUCGAGUUGUUACAGGAUUUCAUCCCGUAUAAUUACACGGUUUCAGAAAGCCAGGGUAGCGUCCAAUUACAACCCAACGGGAAUUUCCUCGUAGGAUGGGGAUUUAUGCCUUGGUACUCUGAAUACUCUUCAACAGGCGAACUCUUAUGGACUGCACAGUUUGGCGUGAUAGGUGGAAAUUAUAAUGAAGCCUAUCGCAUGCUUCGCUUCAAUUGGACGGGAGAACCUACCGAUCCGCCUUCCUUGCAGCUGGUUCAGUCGUCCUCCAGCAACCUGACCACCGUCCACGUCUCUUGGAACGGGGAUACUCGUACAGAAAAAUGGGAGUUGAUCGGAGCAUCCGAUUCCUCUGGCUCCGACGCGUUAUCGUUGUAUAACCAGACACGUAGCGGAUUCGAGACAACAUUUACCUUCAAUACAGCUACCAACUCGUACGACUUCUAUGCUGUAAGGGCUAUUUCUUCCGAUAACACGCAUUUGGGAACUAGUAAUUUCACUAGCAGUGGAAAUGGGGCUGUAGCUCUAGUUAUUGGGGCUUGGAGAGCAAUGAUGAUUGUCAUAAUCAUUUAUUCACUCCAAGUAAUUUAAAGCUGCUCGAAGUAUAUGGUUAACAAAAAAUCAUAGCAACUACUACUGUGUUUGGUAACAACGAGAGUAGAUUUCCGCAAACGUAAAAAUACAUAGGAAAACCUUCUUUCAGUUUGUAGCACAUGAUAUCGACUGAAGGAAUUCAAA